AGGUAGAUUUUAUAGCUGGGUAGAAGCUUGCUCACCGCUCGGCCCCGCCGCGCAUUAUGUUCUGUCACCGCCCAAGCCCAUCUGCCGCGCAUCGCAUCGCAUCGCAUCGCUUCUACCCAGCAGCUUCUCUCUACCUAAACCAUCACCUUCCCACCCAUCCACGUCUAAAUCAAGAAACAAGCGAACCAUGCCUCCCAAAGCGCCCAAAGGCGAAUACAUCGAGACAGACACAGGCAACAAAAUCUCACGCCGCAGCCUCAUUCAUGGCACGCAACAUAUAAUCCUAGGCGGCAAGACGGUGAUCCAAUCCGACGCGGUAAUCCGCGGCGACCUGUACCGCUCCUCCUCCUCCUCCUCCUCCACAACAACAACAACAACAACAACGUCAGGCCAAGGCCACAAGCCAACCUCCUCGACGUCCUCCACCACUGCCAACAACAACAAUAACCCAUCCGUGGCCAUCACAAUCGGCCGGUACAGCUACAUCUCACGACAGGCGAUCCUGCGCCCGCCGUCGCGGCUGCACCGCGGCGUGUACUCGUUCUACCCGCUUAAGAUCGGCGACCACGUGUUCGUGGGCGAGCGCGCCGUCGUCGAGGCCGCCUCCGUCGGUAACCACGUGCAUAUCGGUCGGGAUGCCGUCGUCGGGUCCAUGGCUAUCUUGAAGGAUAAUGCCUAUGUCCUUGACGGGGCGGUCGUUGCCCCGGGGAUGGUUGUGCCGAGUUGGUGUGUGGUUGGGGGUGCGCCUGCCCGGAUUGUUGGGGAGGUGGGCGAGGGGUAUGGGGUUGAGGGUGGGGAGGGCGGGUUAGCGAGGGAGAGAUAUCGGGUUGUUGGGCGGUGA